UACGUCAUUGAGAGUGGAUCCAAUGGAUAUAGUGCCUUACGAAUCGAUCCCGUGAGGGAUCGCGACAAUAACACCGAUAUAACUUGUGUGGUGAGUAACGUUCAUGGCUCAGAAACGGCGUCCGCAAAGCUCGUGGUCAUCAGUCCAGAGAACUUACCGACCGGCUUCCCAAGGAUUGUCGAGGACCCGAGGCUGCGUGCCGUCGAAAAGGGUAGCUCUGAGACGAUGACAUGCAACGCGCGCGGUGAUAAACCAUUGACCGUGCUGUGGCUGAAGAAUUUCUUGCCGGUGGACAUGAAUAACCGCCGCUACUCGGUGUCCACGAUAGGUAAUCCAGGUAAUCCUCGACGGAAGGCCCAGACAGCCAAUUUAUCGAUCACCCCUACUCGUCGUCUCCGUGCGUCUGUGCGUCCGUCGAUGCGUUUGCUUGCAUGUGCUUGCUGUUUGCCAUUCGAUGAUGAUUUUGCGUCGUGCAGUGUACGUUGUUCAUUGUUUAACGGUUUGAUGUAUAAUGAUUGA